GCGAAUCCGAGCGAGGACGAAAUGCAGACCGGAAGUUUACAAACAGCUACCAAACAAGCUAAUAGUUAGCUAACACUUUGGUUUCAUUUGACCGACCGUCGAAAAAACCCUCCGUUAUAACGAACAAAGGCAAAAGAUGGUUUGUGAAAAGUGCGAGAAGAAGCUUGGUAAGGUCAUCACCCCUGACACCUGGAAGGAUGGAGCUCGGAAUACAACAGAGAGUGGUGGGCGUAAGCUCAAUGAAAACAAGAUGCUGACUUCUAAGAAGGCCAGGUUUGAUCCUUACAGCAAGGGAGGCUUCACUACCUGCAGGAUCUGCAAGAGCUCAGUUCAUCAGUCUGGAUCACACUACUGCCAGGGCUGUGCGUACAAGAAAGGAAUCUGCGCGAUGUGCGGAAAAAAGGUUUUGGACACCAAGAACUACAAACAGACGUCUGUGUGACAGCGUGCCGAGAAGAGAAGUGUUCUACAAGUGAACAACGGAUGUGAGGAUGAGAUGGAGGUGUUUGUCAUCUUGAUUCAUUUUCAUUAUUUUUCCAUAGAUCCCUGUCAUAAAUCUUUACUGUUAUUCUCCCCACCUCAGUGAAAGAGAAUCAUUUGGAUUUUGUAUCCUCUUAUUGUAUAAUACUCAAUCAAGCUACUGGAACUAAUUCAGUGGCCAUACACAGGGUAGCCCUGUCUUCUCCAAACACAUCACCAUUUAUUACCUGUUUCUUGAGCCACGGCUUCUUAUUUGUUUUUUUGUGUAUUUUAAGUGAAAUAAUUUUUUUUUUUUUAACAAUUCAUUUUUUAUGUAAUUUGUUCUGUGUUGCACUUUUUUGAGUGAAUUAAAGCAUUCAGUAUGAGGACGUCAUCUGUCAGGGA